AUGAACAUAAAUAACCCCGUACCUGUGCUGAUAGGAAGCAGCAAGUACCACAUGGAAUUAGCCAAGGACUGCCUCUUCACAUUCCCAUGUAUGUCUGAUGUCUCUGGUUUCUAUUUUCUUCUAAAUAAUGCAGAGAAAUUUUCACAGAAGUUGAAGUUUUCUGAAGACAAAUUUGAGCUCUCAUUUGCCACAAACUACUUAGGUCAUUUCCUGCUGACAGAAAUGCUAUUAGAUAAGAUGGUAGAGACAGCAGAGCAGACAGGGAUUGAAGGAAGGAUUGUAAAUAACAAAGAUGGUCUAGUUUCAGUUUCCAGAAGAGCCAGUGCGGGAAUGGAAAGGAUGAAACCUGCUAAGUUGAGGGAGUUGAAGGAGCAAUUGAAGGACUUUUGUUAUACCUCGAUCUUUCACAUACGUUAA